AUGGAAGAGGAGGAGUCAAGUGAAGAAGAGGAUGAGCUCCCCAUGUACCAAGAGCACUAUGAUGCUCUCUUCUCCAUGGACUUUGUGGAGACCAAGUACCCACAUGAUGACACAAUGAAGGCCCUUGGAAUCUUUGAGAUGUGGAGUUGGUCCUCAAGAACAUGCACUUGGCCAAGUUCUUCUCUACCGCAUGGAGUCUACAAGGAGCUCACUUGUGAGUUCUUGGCUUCAAUGAGGUACCACAGUAUGAGCUCGAUCGAGCUGAUUUGGACCAAGGAUUGGGAUGGAUCACGUUCUUGGCAAGGGAGAGAAGGAAUGGUGACCUUUAGGCAGUUGGAGAUCUUGUUUGGGUUCACUAUGGGAGGGAACCAAGGGAAUAUCAAGGAGGAUGACUCCAAAGGGUUUGGGCUACAAUCGCUGAUGGAGUUACUCUUCCUCAAGGUCCAAGGCAGCUCAGAUCAGGAGCCCAGUGUUGAGAUAUGUGCACAAGGCACUUGCCAACACCUUCUUUGCAAGGAAGGCGACGGGACAAUCAAUGAGGAGAAGUGA